CUCUCGAGUGAAGACAUCCAGCUACUUCGCCAGAUGUUGCGCGACAAGUUCCGCUGGCCCAACAACCUGAAGGAUUUCCAGGUCGACGCCAUCCGGGCACAGCUCAAAGGCGUUGACAUCAUUGUCCAAGCUCCCACAGGCGCGGGGAAGACCGCCCUUGCCGCUGGACCCCACGUCUGGCCCUCAUUUGAGCGCAGAGUGACCUUAAUGAUAUGUCCAUUGCUCACGUUAGAGGAUGAGAUGGUA